AUGUGGUUUUUAAGUUUUUUAUUUAUACCGGCGUACGCCCACGAUAUUGGAAUUCCGCAGAAUUUGACCAGCAGCAGUCCAUGCACAGACAAGUACCACCUUUUCCUGGCUCCUGGAGUUUUAACCGCUGGAGGAAUCAAUCGGGCGUGCAUCUCCAGGUUCUACCCUGAGGGUCCAGCACGUAUGGUCAUCACGCUCCUAGCGGACAAUGGAGAGUCAACGACCGCAGCUAGGGAUCUGCUUCCCGGUGACGGCGGCUGUCUGGACAUAUCCGUGCCAUUGCGACCCAACACCAAGGCUGAUCUGAUUGUCAACAUGCGCUACAUGGAGGCGGCGUGCACGUGGGAGCGACGCAUGACUGUCCGCAUAGCGAGCGGACGCGUUAUUGCGCUGCACACGGAGCGAGCUCGCUACCGUCCCGGCGACACGCUGCGGGCACGCGCUAUUGUGCUCAAGCCCGAUCUAACACCGGUGCACGGAGACAUCGAUGAGAUGUGGUUGGAGGGACCGCAAGGCGCUUGGGAUGGAGCUCGCAUAGCGCAGUGGGCGAAGGUACGGACCAGGCUCGGUCUCGCGCAGAUACAGCACCACAUUGAUGAGCACGCACCGCCGGGCAAGUGGACUAUGAGAGCUAAACUUGCUGAUGGGUCACAGGGUACGACUGCAUUCUGGGUAGGUAACUACGAACUGCCACCGUUCCAGUUGACAGUCCGGCAUGCGCCAAGAGUGCUGAGGACAAGUGAACGACUCGUUUGGACUGUUUGUGUGAGGUAUCCGUGGAGCGAGGCGGUGGAGGGCAUGCUGGUGAUCAGACUACGCGGGGCGGGGGCGGCGGGCGACGGCGCUGGCGGGCGGCCGGGCGUGCGCACGGCCGUGCGGCUGCGCGCGCCGCGCGCCUGCCACCGCCACGCCGCCGCCGCCGCCAGGGUCGGGCUCGCCGGGGCCCACCCGCCACAAGUGCUCGUGGCGGACUUCAGCUUCCAGGAAGAAGGCACAAGGAUUUGGCAGAACACAACGGUUGUCUCUCAAGUAGUAGACGAUCCAGUGACCUUAGAAUUUCUAACGAAGCAUCAAGCGUUAUUAUCGCCCAGUCUGCCUUACAAGUUGAAGGUGAAAGCAGUUCGAUGGGACGACAGGCCGGCGAGCGGAGAACACGUGCGCGUUUGCCGUCGCCGCUCGGGAAAGGAGGAAAACGCCACGUGUGUGUUCGCCUUAACCGACGCACGCGGUGUCGCACGAGUCAUGUUCACUGCGGACGACGACACCAGCGCUGUCUAUCAGUUUGAGGCCAGUUUGAAGAACGUGACGGCGCGGCUGCAGGUGGCGACGCGCGUGGCGGGCGCCAGCGCCGCGUUCGGGCCGCUGCGUGCCGACUCGCGCGCCGCGCGCACGCUGCUGCCGCUCUACCUGCACCUGCGCGACCUCUCCGCGCCGCUCACCGUGCACUUCGUCGUAAUAACCCGAGGGGGUAUAAUCUACCGAUGGGGCGCCACGACGCAAUGUCCAGUCGCAAGCUCCACCAAUCAAAUCCAACCAGCACCGAGGAACAGCACGUGCAACGCUAACCUGGAGAAACUCGUCCCCGACUUCGAUUUCAACUUAAACAAUCUCGACGUGGAUCCCAACCAGCUCGACGUGAACUCUUCAGACUCGUUGCUCGACAGACAUUUGCUCAGGGUCGUGUUGCCAAUCAAAGUGACACACCAGAUGUGCCCAGACAGCCAUUUGCUGGCAUAUUUCUAUCACAACGGUGAACUGGUCAGCGCGAGCAAGCAUUUCGAAAUGGACGAAUGUUUUGGCAAUAAGGUGGAAGCGAGCUGGACGUCUCGUCAGAGUGCUCCCGGUGCGCUCGCCACCCUGCAGCUGGUAACAGCUGGGCCAGCGCUGUGCGCGCUGACAGCGCUGGACUCCGCGGCCACCUGGCUGCAGCCGCAGCGCAGCGUGAGAGACGUGCUCGUACACGACCUGAAGCGGCUCAUCGACGUGCACAGGAAUCUCACGCAGUACGACGCGGCUGCUGAGUGUUUCUUGAUCAUUCAUCAUUGUACUGCAGCGGGCGAGACAGCAGAGUUGGCGAGUGGUGGUGGUGAUGGUGGGGAGCUGCGCGUGUGGCUGGCGGCUGGCGGCGUACGCGCACUGGGCGGCCCGCCCGCCACCUUCCACUGCGACAAAUCCGCGCCGGCACCACUCCUCGACCACGAAGCCACGCUACCCAGGACCGACUUCUCGGAGGCGUGGCUAUGGCGACUGGUCCCCGUGGGGCUGAACGGCACGGCCAGCAGCACGGCACGCGCGCCCGACUGCAUUACGCGCUACGAGGCGACCGCGUUGUGCGUGUCGAGGACAGGGCUCGCCAUAUCCAACCCGGCUGUUCUGCAAGUGUUUCGCGAAUUCUUCAUUCACGCAGACGGUCCCAAAAAGCUGAGGCGAGGCGACAACACCAUUAUUAGAUAUCGUAUUUUCAACUACUUGUACGAGCCUUUGAGCGUGGAAAUGGAAGUGAUAUCUGAGGUGCUAGUCGAAGGGCCUCGCGUAGAGCGCGCGUGCGUGGGUGCUCGCAGCGCGGUGGCGCGGCGCGCGGCGCUCAGUGUGCGUGCGAGCGGCACGGCGCGUGUGCACUUGCGGGCGCGAUCGCUCAACGACACGAACUGCGGUAACGCACCCCAAACCAAACAAGUCGCCGAUGAAGUUAUAAUUGAAAUAGAAGUCGAACCUGAAGGCGUUCCAACAGAAGAGCACAGAUCCACAAUGCUGUGCGCUAGAGGUACGUCGGAACCGGUCUCAUCAAACGUGUCUUGGACUUGGAGUCCUCAGCAAAUAGUGGCCGGCACUGAAAUGCUCACCGUGUGGGCUGUCGGCGACACCACCGGACCUUUGCUUGCCGAGGCGGACGCGCUGGUGGCGCUGCCGCGCGGCUGCGGCGAGCAGAGCAUGGCGCGCCUCGCCACCAACCUGCUGGCGCUGCGCCUGCUACACCCGCACGCGCCUGCCGCAGCGGUGGCCAGGGACCACGUCGCCAGGGGUAACUACAGGCUUCGUCAUCAGCAGGUGUACAGGAGGCGGCCGCGGCGCGCAAGGCAUGGCGCGCCUCGCCACCAACCUGCUGGCGCUGCGCCUGCUGCACCCGCACGCGCCCGCCGCAGCGGCGGCCAGGGACCACGUCGCCAGGGGUAA